AUGGGGUAAGUCAAUGGUUUCCUGCUUCCAUAAAACGUGGCCCUUUUUCAUCAAAUUAUUCUCCAGUUCAAUCUGAAUUCUCCCCUGAUUACAGUGACGAAAUAAUGUCGAUCCCGGUGCCAGCAGCAGGUGGACAACAGUCGGAAGCUUGGAAAAAAGCUGCCGAAGAAUUACAGAAGGUAUCAAAUACAUAAUCAGUUGAACUUUUCACCUGUUAAUUUCAGGCGCAAGCAUCAAUGCCACGAAAUGGAGCACCGUCGAUGGGAAGCAACAUUUCAGGUCAGAAUCCUUGGAUGUCAAACUCGUUUCCGUACCCAAGUGUCAACCCCGCAUCUUACGGACAAUUCGGUGGCGGAUUUCAUCCGUCUUCGUGGACCGGACAGCCACCACCCCCUCCUCCGCCGUCGGCAACAGCGGCCAACGCGACUGCUCAGGCAGCGUAUAACCAAACUGCGUAUAACUAUCAGCCACAUGUGCAACAGAAUUGGAAUGGGUCUGGAAGAGGGCGUGGAAGAGGAACCUGGAACCAGCAAGGCCAACAGAAGCCAAACCAAUUCCAGUCUUUUACACUGAAUAGAAAAAACAAUCAAGCGGCUUUUCCUCAUUUGACCAACUCGUUCGUACCGCAGGCAGGAGGACCGCCGCCGCUGAUGGGGAUUGGAAGGGGACGGGGAGCCCCGAUGCAAGCGGUUGAAAGACAAGUUCCUCCUUCUGCCAAGUAAGUUCACUCAACCAAGUGAUACCGAAAAAAGGAACUUUUCAGGCGGUACAUCGAGCGGGCCUAUGAAGCGGCCAACUCCGAAGAAGAUCGUCAGAAAACAAAAGAGUAUCUUCAGAAGAGACUUGAGCCCAUGUUGAAUGCCGGAAAUGCCCACAUGGUCAACUGGGAUAACGAGCCUUUACCCGCUGAGAAAAACUAUGAGUUCAUGCAAUGGACUCCAGCCAAACAGUUACCGCACCAGGCAAACGGAUUCCAUAGAAAGAAGUCGCCGCCGCGAAGGCGCAGUGACGAAAUGAGUAACGGUGGUGUUAAUAACGGAGGACAGCCGAAACGGGCUCGUCGGGAGAGUGACACUUCCUCCUCUUCAGACAAGAGCGACCAGAUUGAGAUUUUGCAUUUUUCGUCAAAUCAGGUGUUGAAAGGGGAUUGGGGCACACUUGGGAACGGAAGUUUUGAUCAUGUUAAUUGUGAAACGGUUGCUCAAAGCUUUGUGCUAACCCUUAAUGGUCUUCAGAAGAAGACGAAGGCCCAAAAGAAAGCUGACAAAGCUGCGAAAAAAGCCGGCAAGAAACAGAAAGGCAAUCAACAAAGUAAGAAUACGUGGAAAGUGGAAGAUACUGAGUCCAAAAGGGUAAAAAAUAUGAUUCGGAUGAGCUCGCAUAAUGAUUUGCUAUCCAGGAAGACCGCGCUCGUCGUUUUGCCGAAACGCUCGCCGCCGCUACGAAACCGUCUAUCAGCAUCCCGCAGUAUUUCCGGAGAGGACAGGUUAUCCGUGGAACGUGUCAGAGUAUUGAAAAAUCUUUUUUCAGACUUACUGCUGUGAGUUACCUUAUUUCUCCCUUUGAUGUUAAUCGUGUUCUUACAGGCUCCUGAUCCAUCGGCUGUCCGUCCACUCGGAAUCCUUCGUCUGGCUUUGGAGAAUGUUCGGAACAAGUAUCGUGAGAAACGGGAGUAUUCGUACUUGACGAGUCAGCUGAGAUCCAUCCGUCAGGAUCUGACUGUUCAACGCAUUCGCGACCAUUUCACAGUGGAAGUGUACGAAGUGAAUGCACGUAUAGCCCUCGAGAACGCCGAUCGUGAAGAGUUCAACAAGUGUCAGUCACAGUUGAAACUGCUUUACGCGGAACUCGAAGACUGCGUGCAUCACGCUGAAUUCGUUUCGUACCGUCUUCUGUACUACAUUGCGAUGGACAAUCAGAUAGACAUCAACUCGCUGCUCCAGGAGCUCACUCCGCAGUUGAAAGAAGAUGAAUGUGUGACGUUCGCGCUGAAAGUUCGAAAGGCCGUCACGAUGAACAACUACAUCUUGUUUUUCAAGCUUUUCAAAGUAGGUGUCAGAAUUGCUGGAAAGUCAAUAACUUGUGCUUACAGGCUGCUCCGAAAAUGUGCCCAUACCUCAUUGAUCUGUUCGUGGAUCGGGAGAGGAAGAAGGCCAUAAGUGUUAUUUCGAAGGCUUUCAGACCAACAAUGUCUUAUGAACUGAUGGCCGAUUUCCUGAAAAUGAGCGAGGAGGAUCUUGUUGAUUGGCUCGUUGAAGAGCUGAAAUGGACAGACGCCGAAGUUGGCGGAUCGUUCGAUUGCAAAAUACCCAGAAAUGUAACCUGA